ACCUUAACAUGGUCAUGCGCUCGAGGCAUUCACGGCAUGUUGGAGGCCACAUCUAUUUUGGGAACGCAAGCACACUUUUUAAAGACAUGCCUUCCAGUCAGACAUCGUAAACAGCCGGCGUUUAAAUAAAAGCAUCAAGUUAUGUGAAGUGUUUUCGCAGAGUUAGGCGACCUGUCGGGUUUAAAGAGAGGGACGGAGGGCGUGGCGGUGGUGACGUGCUGUGUUUAUGGAGCCGAGCAGCUAACAUACGGUAAACUGUCAGAACUUCACACCGUGGACCCACAACGUGUUCAGUGUCACCCUGGCCUGGGUGCCAUGGUCCUCAGUUACACAUGAGCUCUACUAUGUGGUACAUCAUGCAAAGCAUUCAAAGUAAAUAUUCCUUGUCCGAGCGGCUCAUCCGCACCAUCGCAGCCAUUCGCUCAUUCCCACACGACAAUGUGGAGGAUCUCAUUCGUAAGGGAGCUGAUGUAAACCGGAUGCAUGGCACUCUGAAGCCCCUGCACUGUGCCUGUAUGGUCGCUGAUGCUGACUGUGUGGACAGCACGAAAUCCAAACAGUACGUCCCCAUCUCCGAAGGCACCAGGCUGUGGACUCUGACCUUCAGCAGAGACGGUGUCAAAGACAGAACCCCCCUAGUUCUGCUCCACGGGUUCGGGGGGGGCGUGGGUCUCUGGGCUCAGAACCUGGACUCUCUCUCGCAGCAGAGGCCCGUCUGGGCUGUGGACCUGCUGGGCUUCGGGCGGAGCAGCAGGCCUCGGUUCUCCACAGACGCCCGGGAGGCAGAGGAGCAGUUUGUGGAGUCCAUCGAGCAGUGGAGGGCUAAAGUAGGGCUGGAGUCCAUGAUACUGCUGGGCCACAACCUGGGGGGGUACCUGGCUGUGUCAUACUCCAUUAAAUACCCUGGAAGAGUGAAGCACAUUGUGCUGGUGGAGCCCUGGGGUUUCCCUGAGCGCCCCGACACAGCAGAGGCUGACCGGCCCGUCCCGGUGUGGAUCAAAGCUCUGGGGGCCAUGUUCAGUCCCUUCAACCCGCUGGCCAGCCUGAGACUGGUUGGACCUCUAGGGCCCACUUUGGUCCAGACUCUCAGACCUGACUUCAAGAAGAAGUUCUCUUCAAUGUUCAGUGACAACACCGUGUCAGAGUACAUCUACCACCUGAACGUGCAAACACCCAGUGGGGAAACGGCCUUUAAGAAUAUGACCACUCCUGAGGGCUGUGCUGUGAGGCCGAUGCUGCAGAGGAUGGAGCAGCUCCCCCCUCGGAUCCCCCUUACCAUCAUGUACGGGUCCCGCUCCAGCAUCGACAGCAACCCAUGCAGCAGCAUCAGAGAGAUGAGGCCGCACUCUCAUGUAGAGAUCACAACGAUCCGUGGAGCCGGACAUUAUGUAUUCGCUGACCAGCCGGAGGACUUCAACCACACACUUUUGAAAGUAUGCAGUAAAGUGGACUGAAGCCUGGCUCCUGACCACUGGAGGAAAAGGGAAGCGCCAAUGACAGACUCUUUUUCAGCAGAGGAAACAAAAGAUUGCCCUUCCUCAAAGAAGGGAUGAUGAGUGUAUUUUUAUAACAUGUGAAAAUAUGUCAAGUGCGUAUUUCUGCAUAUUUGUGUCAAAGAAUGCAAUAAGUAAUAAGUGUGUGUCUGGAUAUAACCAUAGACACACACAGACACUUCAAUUCCCUUGGCAGAUUAAAAGGCAAAUUUCCCAUAAAACGUGCUUCCAAUGGAGAGAACAACCUGAAUAAAUGAUUUCCAAAUCUGAGCACCA